AUGGUUUGCCCGUGUCAGCAUCCGUUUUCAACUUGUCUAGAUGCGCUGAUCUUGCUGAGGGCGUCAGCGUCUUCUAGGAGCGCUCAAUCGCAGGGCCAGGCAGCCCCCUCGCAGCCUGCAGACCUCGAAGAUGGGUACACGGCAUACUUUGCGUCCAUGCUGGGGACCAACAACAGUGCCCAAGAUAGAGAGGAUGCUGCCUCGGCGCUGUGGCAGCAGUCUUUCGAGAGCACGGAGAAGCUGGAACGCAUUGGAGAGAUUCCAGGUUGCAUUUCACUUCUGAUCAGCCUGCUUAAGGCUGACACUGCACGGGGGGCAGCCUCUGCGGCAGGGCUUCUGCGCAACUUGGCUCAGAUUGACACACUUCGGGAAGAGAUUGCAUGGGCAGGCGGCGUGGAGGGCUUGGUGGGCCUGCUGGAGCGCAGGGGCACCCCGGCGCUGGUGCGCGAGCAGGCUGUGGGGGCGUUGGAGAGGCUCUCACGGGGGCGGCACGAAGCGGAGACAAUUGUGGCGGUCGGGGGCCUGGGCCCCAGCCUGGCGUCGCUGGACAGUGCAAUGGAGGAGGAGAGGCUCGCUGCGGCGCGCCUGGUGGCCAACCUGGCCAGCGUUGCGGCAGUGCGCGAGAAGAUCGAGGAGGCGGGGGCGGUGCCGAAGCUGGUGAAGCUGCUGACGAACGCAGAGACGGAGUACUCGCAGGCGGUGCGGCAGGAGGCGGGCGCGGCGCUGAACCAGCUGGUGGGCCCGCUAGUGAACUUGCUCGACACUGCGCAGGGCGGGGAGCGCGUGGCGGCCGCCGCGGUGCUGGCGGACAUGGCGCGGGACAGGCACCAGAAGGGCGCCCUCGUGGCAGCGGGAGCGGUGGAUAAGGUGCUCGCAGUACUGAUGGAAGAGGAGAGCGCGGAGGACGACGAGAUGCGGGACGCGGCGCGGCAGGUGGUGGACGAGCUGAGGCUGCUGGCGGCGGAACAGCCGGCGCGGCCGCGGAACAUCGAGGAGGGCUACGUGGGCCUGUUUGUGCGCAUGCUGGGGCUGGACAGACCUAUGGCGGAGCGCGAGGAGGCGGCUGUGGCGCUGUGGCACCACGUGGUGCAGAGCCGCGAGAACCUGGAGGAGGUGGGCCAGCUGCCGGGGGCGCUGCCGCUGCUGGGCCAGCUCAUGCGCGAGAGGGACCGCCCAGCAGCGGCAGAGGCGGCAGCGGGGGUGCUGCGGGCCCUGUCGACAGUAGACGAAUAUCGGUUCAGGGUGUUUGAGGCGGGCGCAGUGGAAGCUGCCCUCGGCGUGCUGCAGCAGUGGAGCCACGAGGCUCCCGAGGUCCGCCGCCAAGCACUAGGCCUGCUGCACAACCUGUCGGCCGGCCGCCGCGAGGGCCUCCAAAUCAUAGCAAGCCAGGGCGCCGAGCUCUGUACCGCGCUGCUCCGCCUCUGCUUCCCGCCAGACGAGCUCGCGUUCGACCCGGCCAACCCGUUCGCGCUCACGUCCACCGACUGGCGGCGGCCCAUCACCGACGACGAGAUUGGCACAGUCCUGGGCGUGCUGUCCAACCUGGCAGCCAACGACGCCGCGCGGGGGCCCAUCGCGUCAGCGGGUGCGAUUGCAUGCCUUGCGCAGCUGCUUGCGAGCGACGGCGUACCGGCUGUGCUGCGCGGCAAGGCCAAGGCGGUAUUGGCGGAGCUGGCCAAGCAGCCCGUGCUCAAGGACCAGUUCACCGCCGCGGGGCUGGUCCCCGUGCCGCUGAUCAAGGCGCGCUACUUCUCGACCGUUGCACAAGGCCUGACCAAGAGCGCGAGUGCGCCGGCGGGCAUAGCGCGGCAGUACAAGGUGAUGCCGCGCGGGGAGGGCGUGGCGCGGCUGGUGCUGAUGCUGGGGCUGGCGGACCCCGAGGCAGUGUCGGCCGCCGCGGAGGCGAUGCGCGACUGGGCGGACAGCGACGAGAACCGGAACGAGCUGAGCAAGGCGGGCGCGGUGCCCAUGCUGGUGCGGCUGCUGGCGUCGGGGGAACCAAGCGGGCAGAGUGAGGGAUCGGAGCAAAGCGGGGACCGAGGGCAGGGUCAGGACGGGGCGGGGCAGAGCGCAGGCGGCGAGCGGGGCUAUCCGGAGGUGGCGCGCGCGGCCGCAGAGGCGCUGAGCGUGUUAUGCGCCAGCACGGAGGUGCGGCGGAAGGUGGAGAAAUCCGCGGGGGUGGAGGGCCUGGCGUGGCUGCUCAAAACGGGGGGACGCGCGCAGCGGAGCGCUGCGGCCAAGGCCCUGUUCUGGCUCAUGCAGGACGAGGACGAGAGCAGCGCGGCAGAGGAAGCGGGGCGGCCGGGCAGCAUAGAGGGCCUCAUCGAUUUGAUAGUGGCGGGGAAGGAAGCGGAGAGCACAGCAAACGCGGAAGGGCAAGGGGAAGCCGGAAAAGCGGCGCGUUUGGGGCGGAGGGAAAAACUGGUGGCAGCGGGGGGCUUGCCCAGCCUGGUAGAGAUACUCGGCGAGGGCACCCCCGAAGAGAGCGAGGUCGCCGCCAGCAUCCUCAGCAGGGUCUCAGCGGAAGAGAAAGGGGCUGCGGCUGCCGUCGAAGCCCAAGUAGUCCCAGCCUUGGAGCGGCUUUUGAGUCGACGAGUGGUCGAUGCAGAUGACGGGAUCAACGAGGGUCCGUCGCUUGGACUUGAGGAGUUGUCCGGCGACGACGUUGUGGCGCGUAACCGACUAUGGGCCGCCCAGGUGGCCGGGGCCCGCCUGGCGGCCAGCCUGGCGAGCCACGACUCGACGAGGGGAGCGCUGCAGGCCGCCGACGUGCACAGCUUGCUGUCUGGGCUGUUGCUGCUGGAUGCGCCGCCCGAGGAAAAGGAGGCCGUCUCAGAAGCGCUGCUGGCGCUGGAGCAGCGGGACGACGCGCCGACGGUGGGGCCGUCGCGAGACACGGAGCGCGAGAUCGUGCAGCACGUGGAGAUCCCACGGCUGCUGGCGAUGCUGGAAGCGGGCGCCCCGCUGGCGCAGCGUGAGGCCGCAGUGCAGGAGCUGCUGUACGUGGUCAAGGCGGGCGGCGAGCAGGAGGCGCACCUGGCGGCGGUCGCCAGCGGGGGGGGCAUCUUCUCGCUGGUGGACCUGGCCAAGGAGGGGGGGGACAAGAGCGUGCGCGCGGCGCUGACCCUUUUAGACAUGCUGACGCUAGAUGAGGACAAUCACCUGGUCAUGCUGGAGGCCGGAGCCGAAGAGGUUCUCGUACGGAUAGCAAGAGGCGAAAGUGAAGAUUGGAAGCUGGCCAUGAGAGUUUUGCGAAGACUUCCUGUGUAACGUACGUCGGUUUUGGAGCGGACUGCUUGCCUCUGCAGCAGCGAGGGCAGUUGAGUUCGACAGUGAGCAUUGUGACGUGGUGAAUGAAUGGUGCAUUGCAACGUUGCACGAUAGGAUAUCAUAUUUGAUCCAUUACUAAGUUCUGAGCUUGGGAAGGAGCCGCGCUCUCCCUCAGUCGUUUUGACCCACCCACGACGGGAGUGUAAACAUAUCCUUCAA